AUGGAUGUUCGAGACGUCCUCGGAUACACCUCUAAUAGUAUCUCAUCGGGUAAAAGAACUAUAAAACCGCCUGAUCCCCCAACAUUGGGACCUAGCAAAUCCAUUGAUCCUUUUGCAGAACCCCGAGCCAAGGCCCCAAGAACAGAUGAUUUCAAUGGGUUAGGAUCCAAGUCGGAUUCUCUGAAAGAAAUCGACAGUGACAUUUUGGUGGGCACUCGGACUGAAGCUGAUGAUGAGCUCGGUAUGGUUAGCGAGGAUGACAUAACUGAGUCAACCGUACGGAAGAUGUGUACCCUCCUUGAAAAGCGUAUUUUGGCCAAUCAAGAAGCUCGAACUAAGUUUCCAGAUCAGCCAACAAAAUUUAUGGACUCAGAAGUUGAAUUGCAGGAGACUCUUGAGAGUAUGCAGAUUUUAGCGGCGAACCCAAAUCUCUAUGGCGUUUUGGCUGCCCAGACACGGCCUCUUCAUUUGCUGAUCGGUCUGUUGUCUCAUGAUAACACAGAUAUCAGCGUCAACGUCAUAGACCUCCUCCAUAGUCUUCUCGAGCCAACUGGUUUGAAGGACUCUGACUCAGAUGCUAUAGGGCCUCUCCUCGAGUUUUUCUUUUCGAACCAGCUAGUACAACUUCUUACACAGAAUCUGGCACGUCUUGACGAGUCAGUUCGCGACGAAGCUGACGGUGUUCACACAACCCUUGGCAUCAUCGAGAGCCUUUUGGAUAUCCGCCCUGAUAUGGCCGUGACCAUUGCCCAACAGGGCAUAUAUUCCUGGCUUCUGCGUCGCAUUCAAAGACGACAGUUUGAUAAAAACAAGCUCUAUGUUUCCGAGGUGCUGGCUAUCCUCCUCCAACUGGAUGACGCCAAUAAGACGCGUCUGGGUGAGAUGGACGGCAUUGACGUUUUGCUCCAACAACUUGCCGCUUACAAGCGUCACGAUCCGAGCAGUCGAGAGGAGGCGGAGAUGAUGUACAAUCUCUUCGAUUGCCUCUGCUCCACCCUUAUGCUUGCUUCGAAUAAGGACAAAUUCCUCAAGGGCGAGGGUGUCCAACUCAUGAAUUUGAUGCUCCGCGAAAGACAUGCAGCUCGCGACUGCGCAUUGAAGGUGCUUGACUACGCGAUGUCGGUAGUGGCGCCGGGCGAAGGUAGCGGUGGCGGAGCAUUUCUGCUUUCGGAGGGCGAGGCAGCAGCAGCCGCCAACUGCAACAAGUUUGUUGAGGUGCUUGGUCUGCGAACAAUCUUUCCUCUCUUCAUGCAUAGCCCCCAAGCCAAAGGCGCAAAACUAGCUGCGGCAAUACGCGAAAAGUCUCUUCCUGGACCCACCUCCACGGAGAUGGAGGAGCAUAUAAUUAGUAUCGUGGCGGCUCUAUUGCGCCAAUGCACCGGCGCCUAUCUCCAUCGCGUAUUAGCCAAAUUUACAGAAAAUGAGCACGAGAAGGUGGAUCGACUGGUGGAGCUGCACUUCCAGUACCACGAGCGAGUGAAUAAGGCAAACGCCAAAAUCGCAACUUUUCGCGAACGUCUGUCUAAACGCUCGGAUAUCAGUAAGGAGGAGGUGGAUGAGGUAGUCGCCUUGAAACGCAUGGACAGCGGUCUCCUCUCCCUCCAACUGAUUGACGUCUCCCUCCUCGAUAUUGCUGUCAAUGGUGCACCCUCUGUUUUCCCUUGUAUUCAACGUUUUCUGAAGAUGCGAGGUGCGUCCACGUCGACUCUUAUGGAGACUGUUAGAGACUACGCGGAGAGUCUGGGUGAGAGUCGAACCGCCAUGACAACUGAAAAGGCGCGAGUCCUGCGUCUCAUUGGUAAAUUCGGCGAACUGAACGCUAAAUCUCCCUUUCCCGUCCCUGCUGAUCACAAUAACCCUCCGCCUCCACCUCUACCGCAAUGA